AUGGUCAAUAGAAGAUUGAUAGCGCUACUAGAAUCCAAACAACUUCUGACAAAACACCAAUUUGGCUUCAGAAAACAGCGAAGCACAACAGAUGCAAUUGUAACACUAGAGAACGCAAUAAACGAUGCCUUCUUCAGAAAACACCAUUUAGUAGCAGUAUUUUUCGACCUAGAGAAAGCAUACGACACCACCUGGAAACAUGGAAUAGCCCAAUCAUUAUAUAACUGGGGAUUGAGAGGUUCCAGUCUAAGCGUAACCCUGUUCUUAUUAGCAAUAAACAGUAUAUUCGAAGAUACUGAAAAUCACAUAGGAAAGCUUUUAUAUGUAGACGACAUAGUCAUAUAUUACGCACACGAAUCCAUAAAAGAAAUUGAGAAAAACUUACAGAAGGCCACAAAUACUGUAUCGAAUAAUGCUAAACUCAAAGGUUUCAAACUGUCCGUAGAAAAGACCAAAUGCAUACACUUUUGCAAGAAGAAAAAACAACAUGAAGACCAGAAAAUAUAUUUACAAGGAAACAAAAUAAAUACUGUACAAACUAUAAGGUACUUAGGACUGACACUUGAUAAGAAGCUCUCUUGGAAACCACACAUAAACGCAGUGAUACAAAAAUGCAAAAACAUCUUGAAAGUAAUGAGAUAUCUGUCACACACUAUAUGGGGCGCAGACAGAGAAAUCCUAUUAAAAAUGUACACCACCUUAAUCCAAUCACGCGUGGAAUAUAUGGGCAUAGUCUACCAGAAGGAAAAUCGCUCCGCAACUCAAAUCUAUACAAUUUGUAACUCUGCCAUAAGACUCGCAAUAGGAGCACACAGGACGAGCCCUACGAAGAGUCUGUACUCAGAAGCAGGAAUAAUACCACCAAAAUUUAGAGCUAUCUAUAAUAUCUUAAAAUACGCACAUAAAAUCAAAACACAGCCGAAUCAUCCAAAUUACACGAUAUUUUACCAGAACAACAUGAUAGCGAGAUAUUCGACAAAACCUCUACAAAACCAACCACUAACUGCAAGAGCCAUACACUACGUACAGGAAUACGAAAUCGACGAUAUUCCCCUCAUUACAGACAGAGACGUACAAUAUCUGAUAACGCAGAAAACAAACACAAUAUACAGAUUAGAAUUAUCAAACUUCGACAAAACAGAAACCCCACCUCAAAUCAUAAAUCAGAUCUUCUGUAGCAUAGUACAAGAGUAUACAGACAAAAUAAUAUUUUUCACAGAUGGGUCAAAAACACCAAAUGGAGUAGCAUGCGCCGUCAGCACCGAAGCAAACGAAAUAGGGUCCUGGAAAAUGCAUCCGAUAGCAAGGGUAUUCACCGCGGAAUUAUAUGCCAUAUAUAAAGCACUCAUGGAAGCCCAGAACACCACAAACAGCAACAUCUUAAUAGGCACUGACUCAUUGUCAUCAAUUAUGGCAAUCAAAGCAUCAGAACCACAAGACACAUUAUUACAGCUUAUAAAAACAAACUUAGCAAAUCUAGAAAUACAGAAAAAGAUGAUUAUAUUUGUAUGGAUUCCAAGCCAUACCAGUAUCAAGGGAAAUGAAAAAGCGGACACAUUAGCGAACAAAAAGACAAGAACUGCAGAUAGUAAUCUACACCCCAUAAGACUAGAUGACAUUAAUAGGCACAUAAAACAAAUCCUAAUCCAGAAAUGGCAAGACGAAUGGAACACAACAACUACACAGCUAAAACUAAUAAAACCAACGGUGGAAAAAUGGGAAAUAAAAACCACACUAAACAGAAAAGAAAAAACAAUACUAACAAGACUCAGGAUAGGACAUACACAACUAACCCAUAACCAUUUAUUCGAGAAACAAGAACUGCCAAAAUGCCCGAUAUGUAAAAUAUCAAUAUCAAUCAAACACAUAAUAGAAGAAUGCCCCACCUACAACAGACUGAUGAACAGUGUAACACCCAUAUAUGGAAGCGUAAUAGUUUGGUUCUACCGCGCACCGCUAGGUGAUGUCUUCGGUAACUUUUUUCUCACAGCUAUUAUUGCUUCUGUACAAUAUAAGAGGGCUGUAGAAACUUCAACAUGCAUCGCUUCUCGGCCUGAUGGCUAA